CCCAGUCAGAAGUGCCGACGAACUGCUAUGAAAGGUUACUCCAUAGUGACUGGGUGGAGUGCCAACAUGCAGAGUUUGGUGGUGCAGGCACUUGCCAUGAGGCAGCUGGGACGGUUGAACCCCCGCCACCUGCUGGCUGCUGGAUAUGGGCUGAGGCAGACUGAAUGGUGUCCCAGGACCAUCCACACACGCCAGCUGUGGGGCUGCUCUGCACUCCCCGCGCUCGGCUGUCACCGGCCCGCUCUUCGUGGCAGAGACACCGCCAGAGGUUGGUCCGUCCACCAUCUGAGGUUUAAAAGCAACAAGAAGAAAGGAGAAGCUGCGAGGACAGCACAGGAGGAGGAGGAGGACGAGGAUAAAAAAGACCCCGAGGACAGUGAUUAUGAAGAUGAGGUGGUUGAGAACCCAAACCUACCAAAGGACUAUAAAGACAUGGAGAAAUAUGUGCAGUCCUUUCGCUAUGAUGUCAUAAUGAAAGCUGGCCUGGACAUGGCACGCAAUAAAAUUGAGGACUCCUUCUACAACAACAAGCUCAGGCUAAACGGACAGAAACUCAUCAAGAAAAGUAAAACUGUGAAAGUCGGGGACACCUUGGACCUGGUGCUGUCGGAGAACCGGGAAACAAACACCGUCACUCUGAUGAGAGUCAUCCUUCGGAGGGUUUUAGGCGAAUCCAGUAACGCAGAAAAGUAUAAGGUUGCCAUAAGGCGCUGGAAAAGUAUAGAGCUUACCAAAGAUGAGGCCAUUAAGACAUGAAUUUGGAAUAGGACAGUGUUGACUGGGAUACCAGUGAAGGCGACGGCAGCCGCAGAAAUUAAUGCGACCAAAUGAGUGGCGUUCGAAAGGGCUCCAAAAAUUUGGACCCUUAAUGGAUUGUAAAAGUUUGUAAAGGUUAACAGUUCUCAGUGGUUGUAGACAUUACACAGUUGGUUGGGAGAAAGAUUGAGUGUUUACCUUUCCCCACUAUACUGUGUGACUCCUCCAAUAAAGGUGCACUUUGA